AUGGGCGGGCCGCAACAAGAUCACCCUCCGGCGACACCCUCAGGGACCCGCUUAGGGACCCCCGCGCCCGAUAAUGGCCCUGCUGGCAAACCCUCCAAGUCCUCCAAACGCAAGAAGAACCGCAAUCGCAAGCGUCGCAAUCGACAAGAGUCGUUCCUAACACCUGCCCCAGAGGAAGCCCAUGACAGAGCGGGAACGGUUACGGGGACUGGUGGUGCUAGAGAGUCGAUGAAGGAAGAUCGGCCAACAUCCAAGGAUAACCAGUCGUACUUUACAUUGCGCCGGAAGCUGAGCAGUACUAGCAUCGAGAGCGAUGCGCUGUUGGAUCACCGGGACCAACCCCUGAUGCGUCCUCGCCGGGACAGUCGGGCUGCGACGUCGUUCCGUCCGAGUUCCCUACUGUCCGGAGCCUUUCGAUCCCACGACAGUCAAUCUCGCAGCACACCGAGGGGCGGUCGGGUCCAGCAAUACCAGGAGGGAGAUAGCGAUGACGCAGAUGCUACCGACCGCACGCCGUUGAUGCGCCCUCCCACAGGUGGCCUGUCUCGGUACGGCACAGACUCUCGCCCCAGCCCGUUCACGCGCCAACGCCGGCCAUCUGUCCAGUCGACAUCAUCCCGAUGCUCACCGCGAGGUCACUACAGCCCGCCAUACUCCCCGGACGUCGAGCGUGACUACGAUGUCAACAACCCGCCAUCAAUACCUGGGACGCCCAAAUUGCGGCCCGACAUGAACUAUGAUGAUGCGGUGGUGACGGGAGCCGAGUUUGACUUUGCACUGGGACGAUCGAUUGAUACGCGCAGGGAGUCGGUGAAUCGUCCCAACGAUGCUUUGAUCGACAUCGAGGGUGUAGGCCGUCAAUACUCCGAACCCUCUUCACUCCAUUCGGCUCAAUUUUCUCCACAAGAGCUGCGACGUCGUCGCACAGUUGCGCUACCCGUGGAAGAGGAUGUCUGCUUUCCCACCGAGGAUGUCUCUGAGCUGGGUGAUGAAGAGCGAAGGGUCCCGAGAGACGAACAGGGUGAACGCCGUCGGCGCAGACGCCGACAGUGGCCGGACUUGUCUGUCUUGGAAGAAUGGAGUCGCGAAGAGAAGGAGGAUCGCAGUGGAGAUUUGCGAGUAAAGAAGAUCAGUGAGCCAAUGUUUGUUGAAGGCCGACUGCGUCCUCAGUACAACCUGUGGCGACGCGAGGAGGACGAUGCGCCUUAUCGUUUCACCUAUUUCAACGAAGAGUUCCAAAGCACUAUUCACGCUCAGACAAUCUCCGAAUUGGUGCAACCCGGCGGUAGUUUCCGUGAACUGUUCAUCCCCGAUCCGCCCGAAUUGGAGGAUUCGGAUUCUGAUGAAGAACCGGAGGUCGAUCCUUCUGUGAAUGGGAACGCCGCUUCUGGAUUCCCCGGUGGCAAUCGAGGAUCGGGAUCUCACUACGACAGCCAUUCUACAAAUACCCACGGUGGCAAUAACUACAAUGGCACGGCGCCCUUGAAUUUGGAUUCACGGAAUGGUCAUGAUUCCAACGCUGGCCUGGCCAACAGUCAUCGGGGCAUUCCGAACCCACGUUUGUCUGUUAUCAGCGAGACACGUCCAGGAUCCACCCGGGAGGCAUCGCCCGCGCAGUCCAAUAUCCCCGAAAAGCCCAAGCGAUAUGGCCCGCGGCCAACUUUCUGGCUGGAUGUGCUCUCUCCAACAGAUGCGGAGAUGCGUGUCAUUGCCAAGUCGUUUGGUAUCCACGCCUUGACAGCGGAAGAUAUCAUGAUGCAAGAAGCUCGAGAGAAAGUAGAGCUCUUCCGCAGCUACUACUUUGUCAACUACCGUACCUUCGAACAAGAUCACAACAGCGAAAACUACCUCGAGCCUGUGAAUAUGUAUGUGGUGGUCUUCAGGGAGGGCGUGCUAUCAUUCCACUUCUCGCAAACGCCCCAUCCUGCCAACGUGCGUCGACGUAUCCGCCAGCUCAUGGACUACCUCAUCCUAAGUUCGGAUUGGAUCUCUUAUGCCCUCAUCGACGACAUCACUGAUGUUUUCGGCCCAUUGAUUCAAGCAAUUGAAGAUGAAGUCGACGAGAUUGAUGAGUUGAUCAUGCAGAUGCAUUCUUCAAACAAGGAAGAUUCUUCCGAGAACGUCGCACGCCCAUUUGCACCGGGUGAAAUGCUGCGGCGGACGGGUGAAUGCCGCAAGAAGGUCAUGGGCUUGUACAGGCUGCUCAGUAAUAAGGCGGAUGUCGUCAAGGGCUUUGCCAAGCGCUGCAAUGAACAAUGGGAGGUGGCGCCAAAGUCGGAGAUCGGAUUGUACUUGGGUGAUAUUCAGGAUCAUAUUAUGACGAUGACUGGAAACUUGACGCACUACGAGACGAUUUUAUCCCGUGCGCAUUCCAAUUACCUAGCGCAAAUCAAUAUCUUGAUGAACGAGCGCCAGGAACAGACAGCUGAUGUCCUUGGUAAAUUGACGGUGCUUGGUACCAUCGUCCUACCGAUGAACAUCAUCUGCGGUAUGUGGGGUAUGAACGUGAAGGUACCUGGACAGGAUAUCGAUAACCUUUGGUGGUUCUGGUCGAUUACUGCCGGUUUACUUUUCUUUGGUCUUGCCUCGUUUUUGAUUGCCAAGCGGGUCUAUAAGAUUGUAUAA